ACAUGCCUGAACACGCAUGCGUGGUAAACUUGGUGAUCAAAAUGGCGGACAUAAACAGGACAAACUCUCCCAUGAACUUGUAUCGAGAAGAUAUUUUAGACACCAAAGAAGAGCUAGAUAAAGCAAGAGAAAAGCUCAUCGGAGAGCAGAAAAAGACCGCACCAUUUCUGGUUGGCAGUAUUGAGCGAGUUAACGAGAGGAUAGCAACCUUAGACAGGGAGCUUCAGGGGUUCUCAGAGCUUGUGAUUGAGAGUAAAGCCACCAACGUUCCUGAUGAUGUCCUGCCAAUGUCGGCAAGGUUCCACAAGGGCCCUCAGAAAGUUUCUCCCUCCGAUGUGAAAGAACUGAAUCUAUUUGCGGGUGUCUUUGCUGCUAAAACCACCUUGUUUCCAGUAGUCACACCCAAGAUGAAGCACCUCUCCAAAAUCAACGAGUCUAGCAAGAAGAUCACUAAAGACAAAGGAGACACCAAGCCCAAAUUGGUUGAGCUUCAUCAGUACAUGGGCUACGACCCCCACCAACUGACCCCCCUGCCAGACCUGGAGACACUCACCAUCAUCAAGAGGGUGACGGAAGCCCAGACAGGUCUGCUGCGCAAGCCUCAGUACAAGCAGGAGUUCAAGAGGCUGUUCUUCUCCAAGAUGUCUGAGGCCGUCUUGGUUGAUACAUUCUGGUGGUUUUUCCUUCAUCGUUACCACCCGAGCAAGAAGACGCAAGAGCGACUCUUCAACCGCAUCGCCCACAACUACGUCAAGCUCCUGCUGUUUGCAAAGAACCCCAAGCACAGGGAUGUCUUCUUCCAAGACUACAGUGACACCCUAGCCCAGGCAAUCUACAGUGCCUUCUGCGCCGCCUUCCCCAACUCCUGGCGGCAGUUUGACCCAGACUUCAAGAGCGACCUUUGCUCUUUGACCUCCCAGUGGGUCGUGGGGACCAGGCCGGCGCCAAGGACCUGGCUGCGAUGGAACUACCCGGGGCUGGAACCACCCAACAUGAAGAGGGAGGAAUUCAUGAAAACGGACAAUAAAAAAGGUAGACUUUUUGACUUUGACAUGUUGACUCCGGAGGACAGCAGUCAUUCCAAUCCCAGUAGAACCGUCGACCCCACCAACACCCAUCAGCAACCACCUCACAACCCGCUAGGCAAAGCCAAACUUUCCCAGACGCCAAGUGAGUCGUCAGUCCCCACCGCCGCGACCGGUUUGAUACCCCAGGACUCUGACUUCAUGUCGAUUUCCACGGUGGCACGGGCUCAGCACGCGCCCCUGCCGCUCAGAGGGGGUGCAAGGGUGCUGUCCGGCCAAACGGAGCUUGGGAAGGGAAGCACGAAAACAGGCGGGUUGCUCCCAAUCAGCGAAACCUCAUCUGAAGGCCCGGACGGAAGCGAGUGUAAAACCACAAAGACACGGACGGGAAAGAAAGGACGAAACAGUCCGAGAACUGAUAACGUCAUGCCUAAGAAUAACAGGGGGAAGGCCAAGGUUAGUAACAGCAGUAGCAGGCUCACCCUGGAGGCACAAGCAUCAAAAUCAACGACUCAAUCUGUGAUCAGGCCGCGGAACAACGGACAAGCGGUAGAGUCCCACCCUGUUGGUGAGGGUGCCACUUUCACCAAGGUCAUCUUCAACAGCAACGGUCAGAGCCCGCUAGUCCUACACUUCCUAAGACAAAAAGGACUGGACCAAAAAGCCGGCAUCGACAACCUCCUCAGGAGAACCGAGAUCAAGAAACUGCCUCCGAUGGACGCCCCUACCUACAAGCAGCUGAUCCAGGACACCUUCCAUUCCAUCAGGCAUGCAGACGACACCUACCAGAUGAUGUAUGACGAUGGACUCAAGACCCACACACACUUCCUGAAGAGACAGAAGCAACACCUGCAGGAACACAUGAGACGAGAAGAGUCCCUCAUGGCACAGCCCAGGGAGAUGAAGCGACUGAGCGAUCUUUUAGUCCUGGAGUUACUGAAAGACCAUGAUGAAGUCAGUACGGGUGCAGCGCUGGCCGUUGAGGACGCCUUGUUACAACAAGACCAGGUCUAUACAUAACACCACUACAAUAGUGUCUGGGUCCUUCAAAAUGACACGCAGGAAAACUUGACCCUUACUUCAUAGGAGUUAGAACCUAAAUCUGUCCCAACUUCGUUUUUAUUAUUCAUGACCCGCUCUGUGAAAACGAUUCAUAAAGGAGCUUGACAUCAUAAUGUUGCAGUAUUUUAAAAAUUUUAACUCAAAUGUUGUCAUAUUUGAUGGUAUGUUUCAUUUUGUUUUGAUAUUAUGAAUAUUUUCACACGAUAAUAUUUUGCAUAAAAGAAAAACAUACAAGAGAAAUUUACAUUUGAAACUUUCAUUUGGAAAAACUGUUUUCAUUUCAUAGCUUCUUAUCCAUA